CACAAGGGUCCCAGCAUAAUCAAACCACAGCACCACAGCUGCGCUGCAGCAAUUCAAAAUGUCUUGACAUCGUGGCUUGCCUUUAUCUGGACGCUAAUGUAAGAAUGCGCAGCUCAAUGAAGACCUCCCCCAAAUGGUCGCUGGCGUCUUCUCGGACCAGAUCGACCUCCAGAUCCAGGCCACUACAAAGUUCCGGAAGCUGCUCAGCAAGGAGCGCAACCCGCCUAUUGAGGAAGUCAUCAAGACUGGCGUUGUGAGCCGCUUCGUCGAGUUUCUGCGCUCGCCACAUACCCUUGUCCAAUUCGAGGCCGCAUGGGCUCUCACCAACAUCGCCUCCGGGUCGGCUUCUCAGACUCAGGUCGUAAUCGAGGCCGGGGCCGUGCCCAUUUUCGUUGAGCUUCUCAACAGCCCCGAGCCCGAUGUCCGCGAGCAGGCUGUGUGGGCUCUCGGUAACAUUGCUGGCGACAGCCCACAGUGCAGAGAUUACGUCCUGAGCCAGGGUGCUCUCCGCCCCCUGCUCAACCUCCUUGGCGACAGCCGCAAGCUAAGUAUGCUGCGGAAUGCUACGUGGACUCUGAGCAACUUCUGCCGUGGCAAGACGCCGCAGCCUGAUUGGCACACGAUCCAACCAGCUCUUCCUAUCCUCGCUAAGCUCGUAUAUUCGCUGGAUGACGAGGUGCUGAUCGACGCGUGCUGGGCCAUCUCGUACCUGUCGGACGGCUCCAACGACAAGAUCCAGGCGGUGAUUGAGGCCGGCAUCCCCCGCCGCCUGGUCGAGCUACUGAUGCAUGCCUCGACCUCUGUCCAGACGCCCGCCCUCCGCUCAGUUGGCAACAUUGUCACGGGCGACGAUAUCCAGACCCAGGUCAUUAUUAAUUGCGGGGCCCUGCCUUGCCUGCUCUCCCUGCUUAGCAGCAACAAGGAUGGGAUCCGCAAGGAGGCUUGCUGGACCAUUUCCAACAUCACGGCUGGUAACUCUGCUCAGAUCCAGGCCGUCAUUGACGCCAACAUCAUUCCUCCUCUGAUUCAUUUGCUCUCUAACGGCGACCUGAAGACUCGUAAGGAGGCAUGCUGGGCCAUCAGCAACGCCACGUCCGGUGGUCUGCAGAAGCCCGACCAGAUUCGCUACCUGGUCAACCAGGGCUGCAUCAAGCCGCUUUGCGAUCUCCUUGCCUGCCCUGACAACAAGAUCAUUCAGGUUGCUCUGGACGGCCUCGAGAACAUCCUGAAGGUGGGAGACCUGGAUAAGCAGGCUGCAGGAGAGGGCUCCGACGCGAUCAACCGCUACGCGCUGUUCAUCGAGGAAUGCGGUGGCAUGGAGAAGAUUCACGACUGCCAGACCAAUGCCAACGAGGAGAUCUACAUGAAGGCAUACAACAUCAUCGAAAAGUACUUCUCGGACGAGGAGGAGAAUGCCGAUGAGGCCAUGGGUCAGAAUCAGCAGUUUGGCUUCGGCUCCGCCGCGAACGGGGCUCAACAGGCCGGGUUCAACUUUGGCGCUAACGGCGCCGAGUCGAUGGACAUGUAAGGCGAUGCGGUUCCAGCAAGGCUAGGAUGGAUCGGCGAUCCUCCGUUUCGACGCCCACCAUGCCUACGCGCCUAGCACUGUCCUUCCGCACCCCGCCACAGCGUUCUUUAUCGGGACCCCGAGAUACGCCACAUCUAUGCUUCUGGCUGACACCCCCCAUCAUCAACCCCCGACGCAUUCCACCACGACA